AUAGGCGUGACUUGUUAAAAUGUGAUCAAAUAUGAGGGGCACGAUAUGUGUGGAAUUAAUUAUCAACACCUCGAUUAUUUUUGUGCUGUUAUCUAUUAGUAUCGAAGCUAAGCGUCCUCCCUACUGCAAAGACUACAGAUACGAGAGCGCUUUCGACUCUUUUUAUAAGCUGCACCAUACGGCUGUGGACUGGCAUCGUGCGAGGAUCCGCUGCGAGGCCGAAGGUACCGAGCUGGUGGUGCCGGAGUCCCUGGACGAAGCCACUGCCCUCAUGCUCGUCAUAUCCCCAUCCCUCAGUAAAUUUGAAGGCGUAUUCAUCGGCGUUCACGAUAUUUACGCUGAAGGAGUAUUUGUGACUAUUAAUGGUGAUUUUUUUGCAAACACGUUCAUGGAAUUGCUAUGGGAACAACUACAACCCAUGCAAGGCGGCGGGCGUUGUGUGGGUAUGCGACGAAACGGCAAACUAUUUGUACAUGACUGUUUGAGCCGCCUACCGUUCGUCUGCAAGAAAAGAGCUCCGGAAAUCGUGUUCUACCCAGACUGUGUUACUUAUGAUAAAAGAUGGGUGUUAGGACCAAAUUCCACCUGCUACAUGAUGCACACCGAACAGCAGACAUGGUACGACGCGUUCGACACAUGCGCCGGCGCAGGCGGAUACCUCGCCACUCUCGACAGCAAGAACGAGACAGACUACAUCGCCUCUCUUUUCAACCAGGUCGUCCAACCUGUAACAGAAGAUGAAUUCGCCUUCCUAGGAUUCAACGAUUUGUUUUUAAAAUUCCACUAUCGCACCAUCUUUGGUGACCCAUUGAAUAGUCAUCAAGUUGACUGGGACAUAAAGUGCCCAGAUGAGGACGUUAAAGCGGAGGAACGAUGCGGCGGCCUCAGUCGAACCGGCCUCCUCCGCACUAGUUCCUGUGACACCCCAGCUGUGUUCUUCUGCGAAAAACCAGCAAACGAUUCAAGCGCAGUGCAAAUGUACACCACUGCAACCACCGACACCGCAACAACAUUUACUGAAGCUACAACACCUACAAUGAAAAGGGUUAAACUUAAAAAGAAAUUAAGAAACUUAGACACAUCAUACCCGACAGAAAGAGUUAUUCUAAGUACAACAAAAGCAGUAGAGAGACCUUCAGUCGAUGAAAAUAAACCAAAUAUUGUAGAAGUCUUAAGAGAUAUUGACUUAGCACAAGCAGAAGCAGUUUCGAUAAAUAAAAUAUCACCAAAAGGAGAUCAACGCUCAAAACAGAGACAUGGAAUACAUGUAAACAAAUCACACAAGUCUGAUACAGUCUUAAGAAAAUCCAAUGUAACAAAGGCAGCGAAUAAUAUUCUAAUAAAUGCAAAAAUACCUAACAAGUCCGUUAAGGUCUUCAGAAGUUUACACACAACUCAAGCAGUAGAUUUAGAAUAUGAAGACGUAUCAACAACAGCAGUACUAUAUACCGAUUUAGUAAAUGAUGAUACGCCACCAGCAUUAACAACAGAAAACAAUGUUACAUUGCCAACAAUAGAGACAAAAGAUGAUGAAGACACAUCACCAAAAGGAAAUAUGUAUUUGUUAGACAAAGACAUAUCAACAACAGUAAACACAUAUUUAGUAAAUGAUGACACAUCAACAUUACAAGAAAAUAUAGCAAAUGAAGACAUGCAGACAGAAGAGUCACUAACACAGGACGCAUUUUUACAACCAGCUAAUACAGACGAUAUUGGCGUAGAAAGUUCAUAAUAACGAGACACGACUCACGAGACUACAGAAAU